AUGCAGAUAAGACAGUUAGCUAAUGUCGUGAGUGAGAAGAAGCAGGGUGAAUUCCCUAGUCAACCUGAAGCAAAUCCAAGAGGGAGAGAACAAGCAAAGGCAAUUAAAACCUUACAUAGUGGAAAGCCAAAUGAUCGAAGAGAUGAGGAUCCUGCACUUGAAGCACCAUUAAAGGAGAGAGUUUACGUACCUCCUCUGCCUUUCCCUCAACAGUUUCAGAAGCAAAAGAAGGAUAGACACAUGCUGGAUAUCAUGGAGUUGUUCAAGAAAGUUCAUAUAAACAUUCCAUUGUUAGAUGCAAUCAAACAAGUACCAUCUUAUGCCAAAUUCCUCAAAGAUAUUUGCACUAACAAAAAGAGGUUCAUGGAACAUGAGAAAGUGAUGCUAUCCGAAGAGUGUAGUGCUGUUCUCCUCAACAAAUUGCCUCCAAAGUUGAAAGAUCCAGGGAGUUUUACAAUCCCUUGUGUUUUUGGCAAUUUACAAUUUGAAAAAGCUUUAAUUGAUUUAGGUGCUAGUAUUAACUUAAUGCCAUUAUCUGUGUUUCAGCAACUUGGUGUCGGAAAGAUGCAACCAACAUCAAUAAGCUUACAACUUGCAGAUCGGUCCAUCAAAUUCCCACUUGGGAUUAUUGAAGAUAUUUUAAUUAAAGUGGAUCGAUUCUUGCUACCAGCAGACUUUAUUAUCUUGGAUAUGGAAGAAGAUCGAGAUAUUCCCAUAAUUAUGGGAAGAUCAUUUUUGGCCACUGCUGGAACGAUAAUUGAUGUAAAAAAGGGGCUAUUGACAAUGAAUGUUGAAGGAGAAUCAGUGGAAUUUUGA